AUAUAGAAUCCAUAGGCAAAGAACGACUUAUGGACAAGACACCCUAUAUAGAUAAUAAUAUAAUAAUAAUAGAUUUAAAGAGAGAAACAUCCUUUUUCUGAAGAGAGAGAAACAGAUAGGUUUGACGAAGAAAUCAAAGGCCUAAUUGUGUUGUUAUCUUCCUUUUCCUUUGUGGAAUUUUUGUAUUUGAAGCUAAUGGAGGAAUUGAGGAAAAGGGUCUAUGGAAUAGUAUUGUUCUUCUGCAUUGGUUGUUUCAUAUCUUUUUCACCAUGCGAUGCGUCAGCACCUCCUCCAUAUCUGCUUGCUCUUCGUUCUCAAUGUCCUCUCUCUUUUUCUUUCCAAUCCCCUCUUCAGGUUGGUGGAGACUUCAUUGACAGAGCCCUGACCUCCAGGCAACGGAGUACAUAUACUUCAGCGUUGUUCUAUGCUUCCUGGUGCCCGUUCUCAAGGAGAAUUCAUUUCAUCUUUGAAGCCUUAAGUUCUAUGUACCCUCAAAUUGAACACCUAGCCGUUGAGCAAUCUUCAGCCAUGCCGAGCUUGUUCUCAAGAUAUGGUAUACAUAGCGUGCCUGCGAUAUUAAUUUUUAACCGAACGUCAAGGACGUGGUUUCAUGAUUGCAAAGAUCUUGAUUCACUUUCAAAAUUUUACAGGAGAACUACAGGACUUAAACCAAUUCAGUUUGUUGAUGUUGAUCAUUCUGGUGUAUUAAGGAAAAAUGCAAGAUUUGCAACGGAGUCCAAGCUCUCCCUGCCGCUCAAUGAAAUGUUAAGUCGAGAACCUUACUUGUCAUUUGCUGUUGCAUUCCUUUGUUUAAGGGUAAUAUGGAUUGUUGCCCAAAGACUCAUGUACCAUAUCAAAGCUUUUUGGACGAGGUACAGACCCAAUCCAAAUUUAGACAUCUUCGGUGAAACUGGCCAAAUCUUGAGGCGGAUUGUUCAGACGAUAGAUAUGAAGGGGCUUUGGACAAAGCUAAGACAAUGCAAGAUCAGGAACUUGCACCAUGGUGCAAGGAGUGCACGCGUGUGGGCUUCAUCUUUGGCUUCUGUCUCCCUAGGUGAAUCAUCAACUUCUAGAUAGUCGCGCUUAGAAAAAUCUCUGACUGUGUAUAUAGUUGCUGUGAGGAGGGGUUGGAAUUCUCAGGUUACUAAAAAGAAAACCUCCCCGGUUUGAACUAAAGCGAAGGGAGAUAGAGAAGCCAAAAGGAGACCUGGACGUUUAAUGGAAAUCUUAUAGAUCAUGCUGGGCUUCCCCUUUAAUUUGUGUCCUGUGGUGUUUGUCAGUAAGAGUAUGCGUCCUUUGUAGAGUUUCUGCUGUUUAACUUAUGGACCGAGGCAUCCAGGGCUACGGAAGAAUGGCUAAUAAGAAGGUUAGAGUUUAAAUCUUGCUUACAGCAUUUGCAAAAGGUGUUCUACUUAAAUGCACAAUGGAACCAAUUGUUGUUGUAAGUCUAUGAAACGGGAUUUGUGGGGUUGGAAUAGAAGAAAAAUGGAGAGCAUUGGAGAUUUCUCCUGUAAAAUAAACAGCAAAAAAUGGUUUGAUCUAUCUGUAACACGAAUUAAGUGCCUUGAACUCUCUCUCAAUAUUUCCUCCUCCCAACCCCUUGUGUAUUAGUACUGAAAACUCAUGAUAUAGAUUAGUUUGUCGUUGCUACUUCGUGUCAUUGUGUAUGUGACAGAAGAUGAAACAUAUCUUUGCGACUUUGUAUGACAGACUAUGAAAUGGUUACUU